AUGAGUUCGAGCACAAAAAUCGAUGGGUAUAAGAGCGCGAACGGCGAAAUCAUGGAGAGUAAACGCGCGGAACUGAGCGCGGAGCUUCCGUCGAUCAAUAGCACAACAAGUCUUUCGGAUAACCUGGCACUGCGAAACUACUAUGACAAGCUGCUUUUCAAAAACAGCAGCGGCAAGUCGCUGACGGACCUGCCGGGGCAGGCGGCCGGAGCGCGGCCUGCGGAGCGGCCCGUGGAGCGGCGCAACGUGGACUUUAUAAGCGGGUUCGGCGCGCCGCGGUCCGUGCAGAUGACGCCAUCGAACUCGGAGCCGCUGCAUAUGCCUUUGUUCCAGGUGGGCGGGGAGCGUUCGCUGGGGAUGUUUAACGGCGUGCCGGGGUCGGGCGUGCCGGGGUCGGGCGUGCCGGGGUCGGGGAUCCCAGGGUCGGGCGUCCCGGGCGCCGCGCUGCCGGGCACGGGCGUGUCGUUUUCGUUCGGCAAUCCGCUGCCGUUCGCGCCUGGCGCCGCGACCGCCGCGGCCGCCACGUCGCGCAACAACAGCGUGGGGUCAUCGGGGUCAUCGGGUUCGACCAUCCUCACGUCGCCCACCAGCUACUACGCGGCGCUUACGCAGCAGUCGCUCAGCCCCACGGGCGCGCUGUCGCCCAUCACUAGCGCGGGCACCGCGAACUUCCUAGGUCUGGACCUCCAAUCGCAGCAGAUGCUGCAGCCACAGCAGCAACAACAACAACAACAGCAGCAGCAGCAGCAGUACUUGCAGCAAAAGCAGCAGCAAUAUAUGCAGCAAAACCCGUUCAAUGCGGACCGCAGAUCCUCGUACAUCUCGGACUCGCUGAUCCACAGCCACGCGAACCCCGAGCUGCGCGUCCACGCCGGCCUGCCCACCAACCUCGAGCAGCUUUACAACGCUACCGCGGCCCCUAAACUCCGGUACACACAAAUGCCGCAAAAGCACCAGUCCGUUCCGAAGGUCAACUACAAGCCUCCUGCCGGCGCGCCUCUCACGGGCGGCGUUGCGGGCGGAAACCCGGGCUCUCAGCAAAUCGAAAACGGCUUAAUCUUGGUCAACGGCCAGCAACUCAUGGCCUCUGCCGAGCUGCAGAAGCUCUAUCACGACUGCGGGAGCAACUACUUCUCGAGUGACGAAGCCUGUCAGUUCCUGGACCGCGUCAAGACCCUGCUUUCCGGAGCUGAGAACUCAGAAAUGGCUGCCAACAUCGGCCGGUUUCUGUCCUUUUUGAAAAGCUCAAACUUGAAUUACAACCCGCAGUCCGAUGCCUUUGUCUCGGGCAAUGAAAAUAGAAGGAACAGCAGCACAAGCGCUUACUUACACUACAAGCCUCUCGUGUUGGUGGCCUUGAAGAACGGUAAGCUUGAACUGUUGUCCAUGCCUCAAUCCGCCAACAUGUCGAUGUGCAGACAGGAUCUUGUUGUGAUCGACGGCGACCGCGGGAAAGACCUCGCGCUUGUGGUGGAGCCACACGUUGAGCUAGAUUUGGCUUUGUUUAUCAACUUUUUGAAGAAGAAGAUCCACUUCGACUCCUUGAUUACUAACAGGGACCAGCACUUCCCUAACAGCCAAUUCAUUCGCGCCUUGGUGGACUCCAUCCACGGCCACACGGACGAGUUGAACUCGAAGCUUUACGAUGUCAUCGAGCUGACGCAGCUCAUAAUUCCAUCCAAGCAAGUGCUGCGCUUUGCUACCUCGUGGGAGGUCACAACCAACCUCCACAACAAAUUCCAAGACGAGCUGAAGGCGCUCCACAUCGCCUUGUUGAAACUCAAGUCGCUGAAUAGCGGCCUGAAUCACCACCAGCACCAACAGCAGCGCCCGAACCUCAACAUCAAAAUACUGAAUGCUGAGUUCCAGUUCGACCGCAAGAAGCUGACUUUCUACUACGUUUGCCAAGAGCGGAAUGACUUCCGUGAGCUGAUCAAGGAACUUUUCAAGUUCUACAAGACUAGGAUCUGGCUUUGCGCCAUCCCCAAUAAUCUCGACAUCGAGUCCAAGUACUACGACAAUCAGCUCAAAGAACUCAAGAUGUAUCAGGAGAUGAUGCAGCACUGCGCGGGCGAAGACCUUUUGGAUAAAGGGAGAAGUUCUGGCUUUGUCGUGGCUCCGGCCUUGAGCUCCAUCGCCCUGGACAACUUCCAGAUCGGCGUUUACAAGGAGCUUGUUAACGAGUUAUUUGCGCCCAAAUAA